GGCGGUGAGCGAGGCGCUCAAAGUCAGCCUCGCAGACAUUGCAGCAGAGCCCCGAACUCGGGAGGCGGCGGCGGAGGAGGCGGCGGCGAGGCGCAGGGACGACCCGGCCCCACGCCCGCCCGCCACCCGCGCGCGCCCGUCCGGCCGUGGCCUCGCGUCAGCCGCUGCGCCGUGAGCGCCGCUGGUCGGAGGGAAGAGCUCGCCGGGGCGCCGGGCCAGGACGGGGCGGCAGGCGCCUUCGCGGACCGAGCCUGACGGAGCUGGAGGCUGGGAGCCGCGGCGGCCUGGGGAAGUGUUUGGAUUGUGAGCUAUUUCAGAACUGUUCUCAGGACUCAUUAUUUUAACAUUUGGGAGAAACACAGCCAGAAGAUGCACACUUGACUGAAGGAGGACGGGGAAUCUGAAGACUCCCAAUGACAUCAGAGCUACUUUUCAACAGCCUUCUCAAUUUUCUUUCUCAGAAAGCAGAAGAAGCUCAGAGCUUGGAGACAGACGAGAUUGGAAAAUAUUAUGCUCUUGAAAACUGAUAGAAAGCACCAGUUACUCCAAAGAGCUGUUGAGAAAGAACACUGAUACUUGCAUUUCAUGGGGAACAAAAGAUGAAGAAGGAAAAGGAAUAUAUUCACUAAGGAUUCUAUCUGCUUACUGCUACAGACCUACGUGUUAAGGAAUUCUUCUCCUCCUUGCAUAGAAGUUGAUCAGCUCUGUGGUCAGACUGCAUUUAUCUUGUCAUUGCCAGAAGAAAUCUUGGACAGAAUGUAACAGUACGUCUCUCUCUGAUUGCGAUGGAAGGUGAUAAACUGAUACUCAUUUAUUAAAGUUACAUCGCACUCACCACAGAAAACCAUUCUUUAAAGUGAAUAGAAACCAAGCCCUUGUGAACACUUCUAUUGAACAUGACUCAUGGAGAAGAGCUUGGCUCUGAUGUGCACCAGGAUUCUAUUGUUUUAACUUACCUAGAAGGAUUACUAAUGCAUCAGGCAGCAGGGGGAUCAGAUACUGCCAUUGACAAAAAGUCUGCUGGGCAUAAUGAAGAGGAUCAGAACUUUAACAUUUCUGGCAGUGCAUUUCCCACCUGUCAAAGUAAUGGUCCAGUUCUCAAUACACAUACAUAUCAGGGAUCUGGCAUGCUGCACCUCAAAAAAGCCAGACUGUUGCAGUCUUCUGAGGACUGGAAUGCAGCAAAGCGGAAGAGACUGUCUGAUUCUAUCGUAAAUUUAAACGUAAAGAAGGAAGCUUUGCUAGCUGGCAUGGUUGACAGUGUGCCUAAAGGCAAACAGGAUAGCACAUUACUGGCCUCUUUGCUUCAGUCAUUCAGCUCUAGGCUGCAGACUGUUGCUCUGUCACAACAAAUUAGGCAGAGCCUCAAGGAGCAAGGAUAUGCCCUCAGUCAUGAUUCUUUAAAAGUGGAGAAGGAUUUAAGGUGCUAUGGUGUUGCAUCAAGUCACUUAAAAACUUUGUUGAAGAAAAGUAAAGUUAAAGAUCAAAAGCCUGAUACGAAUCUUCCUGAUGUGACUAAAAACCUCAUCAGAGAUAGGUUUGCAGAGUCUCCUCAUCAUGUUGGACAAAGUGGAACAAAGGUCAUGAGUGAACCGUUGUCAUGUGCUGCAAGAUUACAGGCUGUUGCAAGCAUGGUGGAAAAAAGGGCUAGUCCUGCCACCUCACCUAAACCUAGUGUUGCUUGUAGUCAGUUAGCAUUACUUCUGUCAAGUGAAGCCCAUUUGCAGCAGUAUUCUCGAGAACACGCUUUAAAAACGCAAAAUGCAAAUCAAGCAGCAAGUGAAAGACUUGCUGCUAUGGCCAGAUUGCAAGAAAAUGGCCAGAAGGAUGUUGGCAGUUUCCAGCUCCCAAAAGGAAUGUCAAGCCAUCUUAAUGGUCAGGCAAGAACAUCAUCAAGCAAACUGAUGGCUAGCAAAAGUAGUGCUACAGCAUUUCAAAAUCCAAUGGGUAUCAUUCCUUCUUCCCCGAAAAAUGCAGGUUAUAAGAACUCACUGGAAAGAAACAAUAUAAAACAAGCUGCUAACAAUAGUUUGCUUUUACAUCUUCUUAAAAGCCAGACUAUACCUAAGCCAAUGAAUGAGCACAGUCACAGUGAGAGAGGAAGCAUUUUUGAGGAAAGUAGUACACCUACAACUAUUGAUGAAUAUUCAGAUAACAAUCCUAGUUUUACAGAUGACAGCAGUGGUGAUGAAAGUUCGUAUUCCAACUGUGUUCCCAUAGACUUGUCUUGCAAACACCGAACUGAAAAAUUAGAAUCUGACCAACCUGUUUCCCUGGAUAACUUUACUCAGUCCUUGCUAAACACUUGGGAUCCAAAAGUCCCAGAUGUAGAUAUCAAAGAAGAUCAAGAUACCUCAAAGAAUUCUAAGCUAAACUCACACCAGAAAGUAACACUUCUUCAAUUGCUACUUGGCCAUAAGAAUGAAGAAAAUGUAGAAAAAAACACCAGCCCUCAGGGAGUACACAAUGAUGUGACCAAGUUCAAUACACAAAAUUAUGCAAGGACUUCUGUGAUAGAAAGCCCCAGUACAAACCGGACUACUCCAGUGAGCACUCCACCUUUACUUACAUCGAGCAAAGCAGGGUCUCCCAUCAAUCUCUCUCAACACUCUGUGGUCAUCAAAUGGAAUUCCCCACCAUAUGCCUGCAGUACUCAGUCUGAAAAGCUAACAAAUACUGCAUCUAACCACUCAAUGGACCUUACAAAAAGCAAAGACCCACCAGGAGAGAAACCAGCCCAAAAUGAAGGUGCACAAAACUCUGCAACUUUUAGUGCCAGUAAGCUGUUACAAAAUUUAGCACAAUGUGGAAUGCAGUCUUCCAUGUCAGUGGAAGAGCAGAGACCCAGCAAACAGCUGUUAACUGGAAACACAGAUAAACCGAUAGGUAUGAUUGAUAGAUUAAAUAGCCCUUUGCUCUCAAAUAAAACGAAUGCAGUUGAAGAAAAUAAAGCAUUUAGUAGUCAACCAACAGGUCCUGAACCAGGGCUUUCUGGUUCUGAAAUAGAAAAUCUGCUUGAAAGACGUACUGUCCUCCAGUUGCUCCUGGGGAACCCCAACAAAGGGAAGAGUGAAAAGAAAGAGAAAACUCCCUUAAGAGAUGAAAGUACUCAGGAACACUCAGAGAGAGCUUUAAGUGAACAAAUAUUGAUGGUGAAAAUAAAAUCUGAGCCUUGUGAUGACUUACAAAUUCCUAACACAAAUGUGCACUUGAGCCAUGAUGCUAAGAGUGCCCCAUUCUUGGGUAUGGCUCCUGCUGUGCAAAGAAGCGCACCUGCCUUACCAGUGUCCGAAGACUUUAAAUCGGAGCCUGUUUCACCUCAGGAUUUUUCUUUCUCCAAGAAUGGUCUGUUAAGUCGAUUGCUAAGACAAAAUCAAGAUAAUUACCUGGCAGAUGAUUCAGACAAGAGUCACAGAAAUAAUGAAAUGGCACUUCUAGAAUCAAAGAAUCUUUGCAUGGUCCCUAAGAAAAGGAAGCUUUAUACUGAGCCAUUAGAAAAUCCAUUUAAAAAGAUGAAAAACAACAUUGUUGAUGCUGCAAACCAUCACAGUGCUCCAGAAGUACUGUAUGGGUCCUUGCUUAACCAGGAAGAGCUGAAAUUUAGCAGAAAUGAUCUUGAAUUUAAAUAUCCUGCUGGUCAUGGCUCAGCCAGCGAAAGUGAACACAGGAGUUGGGCCAGAGAGAGCAAAAGCUUUAAUGUUCUGAAACAGCUGCUUCUCUCAGAAAACUGUGUGCGAGAUUUGUCCCCGCACAGAAGUAACUCUGUGGCUGACAGUAAAAAGAAAGGACACAAAAAUAAUGUGACCAACAGCAAACCUGAAUUUAGCAUUUCUUCUUUAAAUGGACUGAUGUACAGUUCCACUCAGCCCAGCAGUUGCAUGGAUAACAGGACAUUUUCAUACCCAGGCGUAGUGAAAACUCCUGUGAGUCCUACUUUCCCUGAGCACUUAGGCUGUGCAGGGUCUAGACCAGAAUCUGGGCUUUUGAAUGGGUGUUCCAUGCCCAGUGAGAAAGGACCCAUUAAGUGGGUUAUCACUGAUGCGGAGAAGAAUGAGUAUGAAAAAGACUCUCCAAGAUUGACCAAAACCAACCCAAUACUAUAUUAUAUGCUCCAGAAAGGAGGCAAUUCUGUUACCAGUCGAGAAACACAAGACAAGGACAUUUGGAGGGAGCCUUCAUCUGCUGAAAGUGUCUCACAGGUCACAGUCAAAGAAGAGUUACUUCCUACUGCAGAAUCGAAAGCUUCUUUCUUUAAUUUAAGAAGCCCUUACAAUAGCCAUAUGGGAAAUAAUGCUUCUCGCCCACACAGCGCAAAUGGAGAAGUGUAUGGACUUCUGGGAAACGUGCUAACGAUAAAGAAAGAAUCAGAAUAAAAUGUACCUGCCAUCCAGUUUUGGAUCUUUUUAAAACUAAUGAGUAUGAACUUGAGAUCUGUAUAAAUAAGAGCAUGAUUUGAAAAAAGCAUGGUAUAAUUGAAACUUUUUUCAUUUUGAAAAGUAUUGGUUACUGGUGAUGUUGAAAUAUGCAUACUAAUUUUUGUUUAACAUUAGAUGUCAUGAGGAAACUACUGAACUAGCAAUUGGUUGUUUAACACUUCUGUAUGCAUCAGAUAACAACUGUGAGUAGCCUAUGAAUGAAAUUCUUUUAUAAACAUAAAUAAUAGGCAUAAAUUAAAAUGUAAAACUCCAUUCAUAGUGGAUUAAUGCAUUUUGCUGCCUUUAUUAGGGUACUUCAUUUUGUUUUUCAGAAGUCAGCCUACAUAACACAUUUUUUAAAGUCCAAACUGUUAAACAACUCUUUAAAGGAUAAUUAUCCAAUAAAAAAAAAAAACCUAGUGCUGAUUCACAGCUUAUUAUCCAAUUUAAAAAUAAAUUAGAAAAAUAUAUGCUUACAUUUUUCACUUUUGCUAAAAAGAAAAAAAAAGGUGUUUAUUUUUAACUCUUGGAAGAGGUUUUGUGGUUCCCAAUGUGUCUGUCCCACCCUGAUCCUUUUCAAUAUAUAUUUCUUUAAACCUUGUGCUACUUAGUAAAUUGAUUACAAUUGAGGGAAGUUUGAUAGAUCCUUUAAAAAAAAAAAGGCAGAUUUCCAUUUUUUGUAUUUUAACUACUUUACUAAAUUAAUACUCCUCCUUUUACAGAAUUAGAAAAGUUAACAUUUAUCUUUAGGUGGUUUCCUGAAAAGUUGAAUAUUUAAGAAAUUGUUUUUAACAGAAGCAAAAUGGCUUUUCUUUGGACAGUUUUCACCAUCUCUUGUAAAAGUUAAUUCUCACCAUUCCUGUGGUACCUGCGAGUCUUAUGACCAGGAUUCCUUAAAGCUGAACUCAGACCACUUGCAUUAGAACCAUCUGGAGCACUUGUUUUAAAAUGCAGAUUCAUAGGCAGCAUCUCAGAUCUACAGAACAAGCAUCUCUGCUAAGUGGACCUGGAGUCUUCCAUCUGCAUCUUAACAUGCUCUCUAGGUGUUUCUUGUGUUUGAGAACCAUGGCUUAUGACUUUCCUCAGAACAUGAGACUGUAAAACAAAAAAAACUAUGUGAUGCCUCUAUUUUCCCCAAUACAGUCACACAUAAGCUCAAAAUUUGCAAUAUUGUAGUUCAUAUAUUACCGUUAUGUCUUUGGAAAUCGGGUUCAGAACACUUUUUAUGACAAAAAAAUUGGGUGGAGGGGAUAACUUUCAUAUCUGGCUCAACAUCUCAGGAAAACCUGUGAUUAUUUGUGUUCUAAUGAGUAACAUCUACUUAGGUAGCCUUAGGGAUGGAAAAACAGGGCCACUUACCAAACUCAGGUGAUUCCAGGAUGGUUUGGAAACUUUUCCUGAAUACAUCCUUAACCUUUAUUAAAACCAUUGUCCUAAGAACAAUGCCAACAAAGGUUACAACAUUUAGUUUAAACCCAACAAAGGCACUAAACUCAGAUUGACUAAAUAAAAAGUACAAAGGGCACAUAUACAUGACAGAAUUGUACACAAUCACUCCAUUGGAUCUUUUACUUUAAAAUAGUGAUGAAAAGUAAAUGUUGAUACUGUCUUAGGAGAAAUUAAUAUAUUAUUGAAGCCACAUGGGGUUUCAAUUGUGAAACUGGUCUGUUUUUAUGUUCAGUUUGUACAAUCCACAAUUCAUUCAUCAGAUAUUUUGUUUUUAAUUGUGAACCAGGUUAGCAAAUGACCUGUCAAAAAUUAUUCUCUAAUCACUACUAGUUAGAAGGAUAUUGAUUUAAAAUUGUUCUACUUGAAGUGGUUUCUAAGAUUUUUAUAUUAAAAGUAGGUGUGAUUUCCUAAUAUGAUCUAAAACCCUAAAUGGUUAUUUUUCCUCAGAAUGAUUUGUAAAUAGCUGCUGGAAAUAUUGUACAGUAAUAGGAGUGGGUAUUAUGCAACAUCAUGGAGAAGUGAAGACAUAGGCUUAUUCUGACAAAAUUCCACUGGCCAGUUAAAUAGAUUCUACUCCAUGUCCAUACUAUGACAAUCUUAUUGUCAACACUGUAUAAAUAAGCUUUUAAACAAGUGAUUUUUCUUGAUCAUUGUGGAAGGUUUGGAGCCUUAGAGGUAUGUCAGAAAAAAUAUGUUGGUAUUCUCCCUUGGGUAGGGGGAAAUGACCUUUUUACAAGAGAGUGAAAUUUAGGUCAGGGAAAAGACCAAGGGCCAGCAUUGCUACUUUUUUUUUUUUUUUUUUUGUGGGUUUUGUUUUGUUUUUUGGUUGGUUGGUUGUUUUCGUUGUUGUUAACAAAGGAAUGAGAAUAUGAAAUACUUAAAUAAACAUGACCACAAAGAAUGCUGUUCUGAUUUACUAGAGAAUGUUCCCAAUUUGAAUUUAGGGUGAUUUUAAAGAACAGUGAGAAAGGGCAUACAUCCACAGAUUCACUUUGUUUAUGCAUAUGUAGAUACAAGGAUGCACAUAUACACAUUUUCAAGGACUAUUUUAGAUAUCUAGACAAUUUCUUCUAAUAAAGUCAUUUGUGAAAGGGUACUACAGCUCUCAUUGACAUCAGUAAGGUAGCAUUCAUUACCUGUUUAUUCUCUGCUGCAUCUUACAGAAGAGUAAACUGGUGAGAAUAUAUAUUUUAUAUAUAUAUAUAUAUAUAUAGUAUGUAUAUAUAUAUAUAUUGACUUGUUACAUGAAGAUGUUAAAAUCGGUUUUUAAAGGUGAUGUAAAUAGUGAUUUCCUUAAUGAAAAAUACAUAUUUUGUAUUGUUCUAAUGCAACAGAAAAGCCUUUUAAUCUCUUUGGUUCCUGUAUAUUCCAUGUAUAAGUGUAAAUAUAAUCAGGUUUAAAAGUUGUGCAUGUAUGUAUACAGUUGCAAGUCUGGACAAAUGUAUAGAAUAAACCUUUUAUUUAAGUUGUGAUUACCUGCUGCAUGAAAAGUGCAUGGGGGACCCUGUGCAUCUGUGCAUUUGGCAAAAUGUCUUAACAAAUCAGAUCAGAUGUUCAUCCCAACAUGACAGUAUUCCAUUUCUGGACAUGACGUCUGUGGUUUAAGCUUUGUGAAAGAAUGUGCUUUGAAUCCAAGGGUCUUAAAGAAUUUUUUUAAUUGUCAACCACUUUUAAACAUAAAGAAUUCACACAACUACUUUCAUGAAUUUUUUAAUCCCAUUGCAAACGUUAUUCCAAGAGUAUCCCAGUAUUAGCAAUACUGGAAUACAGGCACAUUACCAUUCAUAGUAAGAAUUCUGGUGUUUACACAACCAAGUUUGAUGCGAUCUGCUCAGUAAUAUAAUUUGCCAUUUUUAUUAGAAAUUUAAUUUCUUCAUAUGUCAUGAAAUUGUACAUACUGCAGUGUGAAUUUUUUUGUUUUGUUUUUUAAUCUUUUAGUGUUUACUUCCUGCAGUGAAUUUGAAUAAAUGAGAAAAAAUGCAUUGUC